AUGGCGGCAUCGAUCCCGCUGCCUUUGAAGGCCCAAGUCCCCAUCACACCUCCAGCCGAAUUCCAAACAUUCAUGAAUCGCCUCCGUUCACAGCCACUUCAUCCUUUCACCCCGGGGGUCCAACUACAAACAAGCUCCACCCACCCACAAGAAAGAAAAUCACCACAACUCGCGCAACCUUCAUCAACCUCAGUGACACCAAACGCGGCCGAUUCCAUGCCGUUAAACCCCUUCUUAUUCCCCAGUGCGGCCAGCUAUAACCAUAAUCACCAUCACCACAACCACCACCACAAUCACCAUCACCUCAACAGCAACACCCCCCACUCCAACUCCCACACCACCGACGCACCCACACCCCCAGCAACAACACCACCACAAACAACAACAACAGCAGCACCACCACUCCCACCAACAGCAGCAGCACCAGCAGCACCGCCACCAACAUCGGCCAUCGACCCGCGCUACCUCGCCAUGGCCUCGCGCAUGGCCAGCUUCUACCAGCAGCGCAGCGAAGCGGCCGCGGCGGCCCAGCAGCGACAGUGCCAGGCGUGGAUGGACAGCGAGCAGCAGCGGCGGCGCCAGGCCGUGUCGCAGGCCGCCACCGUCAUGAUCGCCUGGGGAGUGGCGGUGGGGGGGGCGGCCAUUGCAGCUGCUUGGGAUGGGGGGGCUGGUGGGGGUGCGGGUGGUGCGGGUGGGGGGUUGUUUGCGAAGAGGGUGGCGAAGGGAGAGGCGGUGAGGAGGUGGGUUAUGGCGGCGUCGGGGCCGGUGAGGGAUGGGGGGAGGAGUGGUGGUGGUGGUGGUGAUGGCUUGGGGAGGCAAAUGCCGAGGGAUAAGGACGAGGUGGAUUUUGAUAUGGAUCGGGACGUGCCGGUUGAUAAGGACGCUCACCUCCUUGAGGUGACCGGGAAUAUCAUCAAGAGCCACUUGGCGGGGACAAAUGUACCGCUAUUAGGGGCACUGUCGUUUGAUGAGAGCGAGAGUGACAGCGAGAGUGACAGCGAUAGCGAGGAGGAAGAUGAGUUUAUGGACGAUGAAGAGGAAGAGGGGGAGGAGGAGGAAAUCGGCGAGGAGUAUGAAGAAGAGGAGGACUACGAAAAGGAUAAUGAAGCGGAGGGGGAGGGAGUAGGAACAGACGAGAAAAAAGCCGUGGAGAAUACGCCCAAAGGUGAGGGGGACGGGGCUGGGCUGGGAGAGCCGGUCUCUCUCACCAAAGACGCUUAG